CCUUAGACAAUAUCUAAUUGGGAAUUGUGAGGUUAUAAAUUAUCCAAAUCUUUGUAGUAACUUUUCAGCUACACUCUGGAUUAGAUUGAUCAAUUUGAUAUAGACUGCAAUAGAGAAGACACAAGAAGAAUCCCCCCUUUUUUGGAAAAAGAACACAAGGCUAAGCUCACUUGCUAGUCCUUCCUCCACAAUAUUCAAAAAAGAAACACAAUUGAUAUAGAAUCAUGGCCAUUUUAACAGCUCAGGACAAGGAGAAAAUUAAAAGAGCCAUUCCUAAGGCAAACAACAAGAUCAUAGAUGCCACUGUUGCCCGUUUGUACGUGGCAUACCCAGACCCUACUCAGUGGAAGUACACCGAACUUGUGGGCGCAAUUGCUCUAGUUGACGAUUUAGUGGGACAUACAUAUUUUCUUAAAUUGGUGGACAUUUUAGGACACAGAGGAGUUAUAUGGGAUCAAGAGAUUUAUGUUGACUUUGAGUACCAUCAAGAUCGUAAGUUCUUCCAUACGUUUGAAAUCGAAGAGUGUCUUGUUGGGUUAUUAUUUGAAGAUUCUCAAGAUGCUGCGCAUUUCUACAAGAGAGUCACUCAAAGAAGUAAGCAUGGAAGCAAACAGACUGUCAACAACAAGAACGCCAUCAGUGUAUCCAAGGGUAAGAAGCCAGUGGGCAGUGGACCUCGUGGUGAGUUUGUAGAUGUCACUACGGGCCAAAGAUCUAGACGUGCCAAGGGGGUGUUGUACUACGAUGAUUUGCCACCACCAGAGUGGAGAUCUUUGUACAGUGAGCUUGCAGCAGCCGGGAUCACCGAAGAUAUGAUUGCCGAUAAUAGAGAGUUUAUCAAGGAGUACAUAGCUAAGCAAGGCGGCCCACUUGUAGGGUUGGAACCACCAAUCCCAAGAAAGUUGAGUAAGAAGGAAAUUGCCAGAUCUUCUAGUCAAAGCACUACAACCACUACGACUAGCCAUGGAGGACAUAAGAAGGCACCACCUCCACCUCCACCUACGGCAGCUUCACCAGCAACAUACACUCCAGCAGCAAGCUCGCCUGUACAUGCAUCACCGGUAUAUUCACCAGCCCCAGAGUCACCUCAUUACACUAGAGAAUCAAGUCCCGAAGAAAAUGAUUCUGCUAGUCAUUCAGAUACUUCUUCACAUUCAGCACCACAACAGGCACCACCACAACAGGCACCACCAACUCAAAGGUUCAGAGUACCACCUAUGUCGGCACAUGCUCCAGUACCUAAGAAUUCGCCGUUACCACCUCUUCCAGUGCAGCAUUCAGCUACUCCCCCUCCUCCAGGUCCACCACCACCCCCAGGACGUCAAGUUCCUGGAUUGCCAAGUAGAGGUCCAGUUCCACCACCACCACCAAGAGCAGGUGGGCCCCCACCACCCCCACCUCCAAGAGCAGGUGGUGCAGCACCUCCACCUCCACCCCCAAGAAACGCUAGAGGUGGACCACCACCUCCACCUCCAAGAGCAAGAGGUGGUGCUCCUGCAAUGAAUACUCCUCCACCACUUCCUCCACAACAUCCACAACCAACUGGCUACACUUCACCUCCUCCACCAGCACCACCAGCACCACCUUCAUUUGGAGGACCAGCACCACCAGCACCCCCACCUCCACCACCAACCUCAUUCGGAGGACCACCUGCACCAACAACACCUUCGUUUGGAGGACCGGCACCACCAGCACCUCCACCUCCGCCACCAACCUCUUUUGGAGGACCAGCACCACCAGCACCACCAGCACCACCUUCAUUUGGAGGACCAGCACCACCAGCACCUCCACCUCCGCCACCAACCUCAUUCGGAGGACCACCACCACCUGCACCACCAGCACCUCCUUCAUUUGGAGGACCAGCACCUCCAGCACCUCCACCGCCACCGCCCUCUUUAAUGCCAUCUGGCCCAUCAGACGCACCUGUACCUGCACCACCUUCCGGUGACCCAUCAAGAGAUGCUCUUCUUGCAUCCAUUAGAGGAGCAGGUAUCGGUGCGCUUAAGAAAACUGAUAAAUCGAAUCUUGAAAGACCUAGCGUUUUAUUACAAGAAGCCAAGGGAGAACCAGUUGCAGCACCUCCUUCAGCAUCUCCUGGGGGUGCUCCAACUGGCCAGCCAGCUAGUUUAGCUGAUGCCUUGGCAUUGGCUUUAAACAAAAGAAAGAAUAAGGUAGUUGGGAGUGAUGCAGAGGAUGAUGACGAUGAUUGGUAGAUAUAGAAAAAGAACCGCAACAAGUAUUUGUAUUUGAGAAGAAAAUGAAUUACCA